CUUCAGACCAGCAUUAUUACUCACACGGCUCACGUCUUCACUUUGCAGACCUCGCCGACCCCUACCUGCCAAUAUCAAACCCCGUUUCUGCAUCCAGCCCCGCUUGAACGAGUACGCCACCAUGUCUCAAUCCCACGCGUGCUGCACUGUGCCCCCCAUCGUCACGGAGGGGUACAAGGAGAAGGGCGAAUGGAUUACCAUCGAGGGCAUGAAAACUUAUGCCACAGGACCAAAAGAUGCCAAACAGGCCAUCCUCGUCGUGUACGACAUUUUCGGAUUCUUCCCUCAGACUCUGCAAGGAGCCGAUGUCCUCGCUCAUGGCGACAAGGAGCGCCCAUAUCAAGUCUUCAUGCCAGACUUCUUCGAUGGAGAACCAGCGGACAUUAGCUGGUACCCACCAGACAACAAAGACAAGGAAGCGAAGCUCGGCGAGUUCUUCUCGACCAAAGCCGCACCACCAAAGACCCUCGAGCGAAUCCCAAAGGUCGUCAAGGCGAUCAAGGAGCAACGUUCUUCGAUCAACGAAUGGGGUGUUCUCGGUUACUGCUGGGGCGGAAAAAUCGUAAACCUCUCUUCACAAGAAGGAACACUCUUCAAAGCAGCAGCUUCGUGCCAUCCAGCAAUGGUCGACGAGAAUGAUGCUCCAGGCAUUACGAUUCCUUUCGCCAUGCUUCCGAGUAAGGAUGAGCCAAAGGAAGAUGUUGAGAAGUGGCAGAAGGCGAUCAAGGUCAAGAAUGUUGUUCAAUGGUGGCCUAACCAGGUCCACGGCUUCAUGGCUGCACGCGGUGAUCUGAGCGACAAGGCGGUGGAAGCUGAUUACCAGAAAGCAUACCAGCUGCUCUUGAAUUUCUUCCACGAGAACAUGUAAACAAUCGGCUGACUAACUUCUCAUGCUGGUAUGCCUGAGCUCUGAGCGGAGCAUUGUGAAUCGUGCUUGGUACAUGUAGAUAACAAGCCCAAGAUCCACGAAGAAGCAUGGAAAUGACAUAGCCCAAAAGUCAUCGUACUACCAUUCAAUUAUACAUGUACAUACCAAAUCCGUGCACGCUUCAUACGCCAAGGUUCGAU